AUGAAGAGAUUUCCAACCCCAAUUGUGAAACCAUUAUGGCCAUUUUUCAUAGCAGCUGCAGUGACAUAUUACGGUGUCUCCAAAUUUGCUGACGCAUAUGGUAACACUGAUGAGUAUAUCAAUGAUCCAAGAAAUCCAAGAUUCGCUAAGGGUGGAAAGAUUGUAGAUUUGACAAAGAAUAAGGAAACAAUGGAGGAAUGA